AAUAAAUGCAUCAAACUAGUUUAAGGGUCUUUUAAAGUCGUAAAUCUUUUUCUUAAAGUAUACCGACCAGAAAAACCUUGAGAACAAGUCGGGUGUGCGUGCAAAUCGCCAGUUAACCCCCGACGACCUUGGCCGAUUCCGGGUAUUUGUUGCGAAAAAACCAAGAAAGCGAAAGAUUUAAUUUUUGGUAUACUGAGGAGGCAUUGAUUAAAACUUCAUGUUAUUCGAGCCCUUUCUUUUUGAACUACCAAAAUAUUCCGUAGGUAAUGUAAAGUCAAUUUUUUAGUUUUUUUUUUAACGCUUUUAAACGAAAGCAAAGCGAGAAAAUUUAAGUUUUUUACACUUUAACAUACUGUUGUAUUAUAUGGACGGUCAGGAAAAUGCUAAUUAUGAUUUCCGCUGCGAAAAGAGCUCCUGGCAAGAAACGGAUAACUCAGAGAAGGGUCAGCUGGUAAUAUCGAAUCCAGAACUCUGGACCCAGAGGAAAUCAGAUGCCAGCAUGAAGGUCUUCACCACGGUGAUGCUGCACACGUGGCGUCAAAGGCGAAAGGAGGUUCGUGAACUGCAGGAGGUAGUGCAGCGCCUUCAAUGCAGUUACAUGAAGUCCAAGAACGAACUCCAUGUUUUUGGCACAUUGAUGCGAGUAGAGCAAAAAAGGAACAGGGAACUGCAAAUGCAACUGAAGCAAUCCUCGAUGAGUAUCGACCAGGUGCGAUCCUCUUGCGAAUCUCUCGCCUCCUCAGUCCAAAACCUCACAGCCGAGAAGAUUCAAUUGCAAACUGAUCUGGAGCAACGGUCACAGGAGUACGAUGAGCUGGAGGAGAUGUCUAGCCAGACCAAGAAGUUGCUCUUCACUGCCCACAUGGAUCAAUCCAACCUGCAAAGGCAAUUGACAGAAGAGCAGCGCACCAGACAACACCUGCAGCACAAAAAUGACCAGCUCAUCAAGGAAGUUGUCCUGGCGGAGAGCAGGGAGGCCAAGUACAGUCAGGUGAGGGACUGGUACCAUCGCAACCUGACCCAGAAGGAGGAAAGAAUUCGGAUUCUGCGGAACGACAUUGCAUCGCUGGAGGAGAGUUUGCUAGCCGUCAGAGAGCAAGCUGGUGAACUCGAACAACUGCGUGAACAAAUCACUGAACUGCGCCAGGAGCUAAACCAAUCGCGCACCAGUUUCUUUAGCGUCCUAAGGGAAUCCAGUAGCCGCCUAAAUCUCAGACGCCUUCAUAACCAUAUGCUUGCCCCCAUCCAAGGAAGCCAAAUGUGGACCAAGUUUCGCAGAUAUUCCACUAAUGUGAUGUAUUUGUUCUGCUUGUACCUGCUGCCCGGAAUGCCAUUGGCCCAUCACCACCCAAAAUAGUUGACCGGGAGUAAACCAAAUUAAAUUAACAUUAGAAAUAAAUAGUUCAUACAUUUCUCCUAUGAAUAUUUUAACGAUUACAUCAUUUUUG